CCCUCUGGCGGCCGGCGGAACUCACUGUCUCAGGGUCAGGUGGCGAGUCAGCUGAUCGAUUCCCCCACAAACAGGAAGGGGAAGUCACAGUUUAACAAGCAAGUCAUGUCAAAAUAGCUCACUCAUUUCGGCUUAUUUUUUAAUUUAACAACAAAUCUUCUGAAAGUGUGAAGAUGUUUGCCGGAGACGAUGAGGACGGGGACUUUCUCUUCCCUGCAGGAGGGGCCAAGCUGGCCUCUCUGUUCGGACUCGACCAGGAAGCCAGUCAGGGGAACGACUCCUUUCAGUACACGGCUCCCAAACAGCCCAGAAAGAGCUCCAACGCAGCACCACCCGCCCAGAAACCAGCUCCACCACCCGGAGCUCCUGCAGUGCUGUUCGCCACAGCUGUCCAAGCCUUCAGAUACAUUAACGGACAGUAUGUGAAGCAGGGGAAGCUGGGAGCAGCCGUGCUGGGCAGCCACACAACAAAGGAGUACAAGCUUCUUCUGUACUUGAGCCAACAGAAGCAAGUGACCGCUGCCAAGAUUCACGUGGGCUUUAUUUUCACGGUACAACCAAACAAUUACUGCACUUUUUAUGACGACCAGAGGCAGAACUGGUCGCUGAUGUUUGAGUCGGACAAAACUUCAUCAGAUUUCUGCAAAGAGGUUUGUUUGGCGAAAGCGAACAGCGUCGCCUCGUUAGACAUCGUGGUGGUUCAGGAUCUGAGUCUGGGGGAGGGCCAGGCGGUGGAGAACGGGGACUCUCUGGAGGUGGUGUACACAGGCUGGCUCCUGCAGAACCACAGCUUAGGACAGAUGUUUGACUCCAACCAGAACAAGGACAAGCUGCUACGACUGAAAGUAGGAGCUGGAAAAGUGAUCAAAGGCUGGGAGGAAGGGAUGCUGGGGAUGAAGAAGGGAGGACGUCGCCUCAUAAUCAUCCCACCCAACCUCGCAUACGGAUCCAAAGGAGUCCCAAACCGAGUCCCGGCUAACAGCACACUGAUUUUUGAGGCAGAACCUCGGCGGGUUAAGUUCGCCAGGGACAGCGGCUCUGACCGAGCCAGCACCUGCUCCAGAGACUCAGCUGCUCCUUCCCUUGCACCCUCCCUCGCUCCCUCCCCGGCCCCCAGUGUGGAGAAUCUAGCCCCAGAGCCCCUGGCACAGACCCCAGUGUCAGGUCCAGGCAGACCAGGGGAGCAGCCGGUUCGUGUGAAGUCAAACUCUCUGAGUGAACAGCUGGCUAAUCCAGACGCCACAAAAGCUAAGCUGAUCUCUCGCAUGGCAAAGAUGGGUCAGCCCAUGCUGCCUUUUCUGACAGGAGCGGCCGGCCAGCCUGAAUCCAGCGACUCUGAGCUUGAGGACACCAGUGGCAGCAGAGCGAAGGAUCAGCCUGCGGCUCCUUCCCCGGUCCCCAUCUCGACUGCUCCAGCUCCAGCUCCUGUUUCAGCUCAAGCUCCAGCCUCUGCUCCAGCUCCGGCUCCAGCUCACGCACAUCCUCACCCUCACACCGUUCAACCCUCUGCCUUACUCCCCAUAAUGAGCACCUCUGCCCCUCAGUCUGGGCUGCCAGGCAGCAGCCACGCCUUUCAGCCGUACCUGUACACACAGACCGCUCCAUCACAGCUGCAGCCUGUCAGCCAGGUGUAUCCUGCACCAGCAGUCCCAUACAUGGGCUCCAGUGAGGUGACUUCGUUCCUGAUGACAGAGGCCCGACAGCACAACACAGAGAUCCGGUUAUCUGUUGGAAAAGUAGCAGAUAAAGUGGAUCAGCUGUCCUCAAAGAUAGAUGACCUUCAGAAGCAGGGGAGUCUCUCCAUGGGUGUGCCCAACAUGUCGAUGGAGACCUCCAUGAUCAUGCACAACAUCCAAAGAAUAGUCCAGGAAAACGAAUGUUUAAAGAAGGAGGUGUUUGAGAAAAGCUCCCGUGUUGAGGAGCAGAACCGAAAGAUCGGAGAGCUCAUCAACGAGAACCAGAGGUGCAUGGAGCAGAGUAACCUGCUGCUGGAACAGAGGCACGACACCCUGAAGUCAUCCAGCGAACAGAGUCAGGCCAGACUCCUGCAGGCCGAGCAGGACAAGGUCCGACUGACGGAGGAUCUGGCUUCGUCCACAGCACGGCUGUCUCAGCUGCAGCUGGAGGCCUCGGCUCAUCAGCAGAAGGUUCUUGAGCUGCAGGGGAAGCUGAGCACGGCACUGCAGGACGCAGAGAGUCAGAACCAACGCAGCGCUGUGCUGGAGGCUCAGCUUGAAGAACUGAAGGAGGCGGUCGAGAGGUCUCAGGCUCAGUAUCGCUCCGAAAAGCAGAGACGCAAAGAGAUGGAGCUGAGAAUCAGCAACCUGGACGAGGAGAUCCAGGACCUGAAGUCCGACAAAGAGAGCCUGGAACGAAAUCUUCUAGAGAGGAAAAAGAAGUGGCAGGAUGAGCGUCAGCGCCGGGAUGAGGAGGUGGAGGAGCUCCGCAGGAACAGCCAGCAGGAAGUGGACCAUCUUCGAGCUCAGCUUCGCAAGGCCAGGACCAACACAGACAGCGCUGCAUCUGAACAGCUGUCUCAGCUGCAGGCGGAUCUGGAGGACGAGUGGAAGAAGAAGUGUGAGCAGAUGUUGGCUUCAGCUAAAGAGCAGCACAGCAGAGAGUCGGUGGAGCUAACGGAGCAGAGAGAGGCUCUGCAGGACAAGCUAACGCAGCUGCAGGAGAAGUUCACGGUUUUGAAGCAGUCGAGAGAUUCAGAAGGACAGAGUUUGACUCCACAGGGCGAGCAGACUGAAGAGCUCCAGGCUCUGCAGGACAAAUGCACAGCUCUGGAACAGCAGGGAGUUACUGUGAGGGAGAAGCUGGAGAAGAGAGUGGCUGAACUGGAGAAGAAACUGGAAGAGCAGGAGGCGUCUGUUGACACGGCAGACACUGCUGCAGAGGUGAAGCGUGUGAUGAACGGAGUGUUUCACUCUCUACGAGGAGAGUUUGACGUGAGUGAGUCGUACAGCGGUCAGGCUGUGCUCGGGGUGAUCAUCACCACCAUCAAGAAUGUAACCCUGCAGCUGCUCAGUCGAACAGACGGACCUCCUCAGAAACCGAGGAAGAGUGAAGAGGAAGCAGAGAAAGAAGAAGAAAGUGAUGAUGUGAAGCAAAGAGAGGAGACCUCUCAGCAGAGCGUGCAUGUGAACGGAGAGAGAGAAGAGAAGAAGGAGGAAGUGGAGCAGGAGGCUGAUGCUCACAGCAUCAGUGAAACCGAGAAGGAUCAGAAAGUAGAAACAGAGAAGGAGACAGAGACGAUAGACGAGUCAAAGACACAAAAUCAGGCUUUAGAGGACACAGAUCCAGAACCAGCUUCAACCUCUGAACCAAAACCACCAGAGACGCCGUCAGAACCUGAAGAACAGGAGAAGCAGGCGGAGCUCUCUGUUCCCGAGGAGAACACAGACCUCAAUGAAGAACCUGAUGAAAGACCAGCACCUGCAGACAUAAAAGAGACUGUGUCAGAAACUACAGCUGCAGUGAGUGCUGAGGUGGUGAAAGAGUGCGUGGAGGAUGGAGAGAAUGAAGGAGAAGUGAACGCUGCCUCUCAGAAAGCCUUCACACCGCCGGUGAACCCGCCUCCACCGCCCAACGCACCGCAGAAGAAGAGCUCAGGAGACGACACGAGUCUAACUGGGGGAAUGGGUGAGGAAAAUGGAGAGGAGCCAUUUUUCCAGAUCACAGCUCCUGCCAAACCCCCCGCAGCUCCCAGCGAGGAGGAAGAGGAGGAUGAGCUGAGCCUGAAGGGCCGCCCUCCCCCCGCCCCUCUGUUUGGUGAUGACGAGGAGGAUGAGGAGGAUCUGGACUGGCUGAACUGAAGGCAUCAGGAGAAAACAGGUGUGCGACUUAUUUCCCAACACUAAAAAAGGUGUGUUGUGCUUCACCAGCUUUGUCUGCCUGUCGGGGCAGAGAAGAUGACAGGAGACGGCUCUGCUGCUGAACUUGAUUGGACAGAGCAGUCAGAGCGCCCUCCUCUUCCUGUCGGUGUCGUCGUCCUGCAGACUGACUCCUGGAGAUCGAAGCUGCAGCUCCAGACGCUGAUUUUGGUUAAAAUAACAAGCCUGUAAUUCACAGAAGAAUCAAAAACCAAUACAUUUCGUUUGUUAUGUGAUGCCCGUCGAUGAUGCAGUUAAAUUGUGGUUUUUACAUGGCACUGUAGCAGAUUAGUUUGUUGAAUCAGCAGUAAUCAUGUUGUCAGACUGUAAACCAUGAAAUGGUUGUUGAUUUUUAGCUCGCUGCUUUAGGAAUAGAACUUUUAAUAAAAACUUUUGCUAACCUGAAAUUUAUUCCAGAAAAUAAAAACAUGGAAAUGUGGCCUUCA